AUGACUGGUCAAGCUGUGACAGACCAGCCAACCCAGACAAUCAGCUUUCAAACUACGGAAUCAGACAAGCUUCUUAACCCUCAUCAUGAUGCUCUAGUUAUUUCUAUUUAUAUUGCCAAUUGUUUAACGAAACGAGUGUUGAUCGAUAACGGCAGCUCUGCCAAUAUCAUGUUUAUUAAUGCUUUCAGGGAGAUGGGUUUGAACGAGUCAAACAUAACUAGGAAGACCGCUGUCCUCAUAGGCUUCAGCGGUGAGAGCAAGACAACCGUAGGGGAAAUCGACCUUCCCGUCUACGCCGAAGGGGUCAAUUUGUCAAUAAGAUUCCUGGUGAUCGAUGCUCCUUCCGCAUUCAACGUCAUCCUCGGUCGCCCAUGGAUCCACGAUAUGGAAGCAGUCCCUUCCACCUUUCAUCAAGUGGUGAAAUUUCCGACCAAGUGGGGCGUCAAGGAGAUCAGGGGAGAACAAAUGGACUCCAGAGCCUACUACCAGACUACCAUGAAGACAAAACAUGCUCAAUAG